AACUACUUCAGAUUAAAGCAAACUAAAGAGAGGCAGGACAACUAAAUGCAAUGUACAGUCCUGCACUGGACAAAUGACGAAAGCUGAAUAUGGAGGGUAGAUUAAGUAGUACUGUAUCAAUGUUAAACUUCCUUGUAGUAAUUGUACUAUAGUUAUGUAAGAGAUGACAGUCAUCACACAUCCAGUCUACCAAUCAAUAGCCACUAGCCCAGCCGCCUCCUCCCAUCCCGGACUAUUUAGUGAUGGAUGAUUCAGAUGACACCUCCUGGCACUUCCACUUCGCCCUCGCCCCCUGACAUCACUCCUGUCCCUGCUUCAGGGGCUUAUCCUCUCUGCCUUUACCAUACCCUCCGUCUUCUCCCCACCUGGGUCCUGGGUUCCACUGGCUGGGGCUGUCUUCCGCUCUGCCCUCCCUGGCUCCUUCCAGCUCCCGCUCUCCUGCCCCUGCAGGUGCGCCACCCGCUACCUCUCGCUGCGCCGUGCGCUUGCGCCGUGCCCCGAGCUAGCCGGGCUGCGGAGUUGGGAAAACUUCGGCGGCUCCGGGUGCGGUUCGCGCGGGCUCAGGGGCCGACGUCCACGCGGCGCUGGGACAGGCGGCUGCGCUCCCCGCGAUGGGCUGCUCCAGCAGCACCCUCAACAAGGCCGGCGACAGCAGCAGGUUCCACAGCGAAAAAAGCGAGUCUUGCUUUGCCCAACCAAAGCCAUGUACACUGGGAAGAGAGUCUACUUUGUAUGACAAUGGACAAAGGGAAAGCCUUCCUCCAUUAGAAAAACUCAAGGUUUCAGCAGGGUCUGCAGCCAAUGGUGUUAAGUCCGUCUGUGAACAGCCCCUCACAGAGGAUGCGGCUGCUGGAAAGGAUGCCGCAGACCACUCAGAAUCCACGGAGAAGACUCAGCCUGUAGAGGGACCAGGUGACAAAGAUGGUAUCCCAGGAACAGAAGAAGAGAAGAAAGAUGUGAAAGCAGUGACAGAAGAUCAGCCUUUAAAAGAAAAUGCUGAGGCUGAACCUUUAGGAACAAAAACCGAGGGUCAGCCUUCGAGGACGGGAGGAGAGAGGGACUCCCCUGGUGUGGUGGAAGGUGCUGAGAACCCACCAACUGCCGGAGAGAUGAUGCUUCUAGGAACAACUGAGAACAUUCUGCCUCUGGAAACAGCUACAGAGCUGCAACCUCAAGAAGCAAUGGGAAAGGACGAGCAGGUCCAACUUCUAGAAACAAUUCCCAAAGAGAAUGAAUCUCCAGAAAUCUUGGAAGGAAGUCAGCCUGUGGAAAUAGCUGAAGAGCAGCAACUUCAGCCAACACUGGGAACACAGGAGCAGUCCCAGCUUCUAGAAACAAUUCCCAAAGAGAAAGUAACACCAGAAGUCUUGGACAGGAGUCAGCUUGUGGAAACACCUGUAAUGAAUGAUCCACUCCAUAAAACUCCCGAAGGUCCAGAAAACAUGGAACAGAUUCAAAUUGAAGAAGUAGUUGGAAGCUUGGAGCAUCCAGCAGGAGCUGCAGAGACAGGGGCCAGUGUGGAAGUGGUCAGGAAAAUUCAUACUAAUGAAGAGGACCAACACAUUGAAGGUGAGACAGGGGAAAAGAUGGAAACAGAGAUGGAGAAUGAGAAAGUAAGUGAAGGGGCUGAAACAAAAGAAGAAGAAACAGGAGAAGCUGUGGACCUUUCGGCAGCCACAUAGACAGGCCUGGCGAGAGAAGGGUGAAUGGACACGGUGUGUUAUAACAGAGAAGACAAAAAUGUAGUGAAGCUUGUGGUUAUGGAUCUUGCCUCUCUACAUCUACACGUUUUACACAAGGAGUGUGGUUUUUGGUAGCCUGUUGGCACCAUGAGAAUGUUGUUUUCAUGUUCUUGAUUACAUUGUUCUAUAAAACUGCUAAGCUGUAAACAAUUUUAGCUACUUAGAAUAGUUAUACUUUAAAAACGACAUUAGCCAGAGCCAAUAAAAAUUAGGAUAUAUGGAUCAUUUAAGAGUGUUAGGGUGACUUUCUUCAUUGUGGCAAUGGGUCCAUUCAAUAUAGAAAACUAGACCCUGAAAAGAAACUAUAAACCUUUAGGUACAGAUGGCUGGAGAAAAGAGUUACUAAAUUUUAGAAAAUUAAUGAUAAUAAAGUCACACAGUUAUAAUUACAAGGAAAUAAGAAUGAACAAUAGCAAAUCAACAGGACGAACUCUACCUACUAUUUCUGUCCUGUGACAGAAUUUAGAGCUGAUAGGGGCCUUAGAGAGUAUAUCAUUUAAUUUCCUUCUCACCUUUAAGGCUGUCUGCUACCCACAGAUCCUUAUUUAUCAUGGUGUAUUAAAUAUGUUAACAAAAGGAAUUCAAACUCUGGUGCUAUUGCACAAUUAGGCAUUUUUCACAAUGAAAGGCUGUACCUUUUCCAUGUGCCAUUUUGAUUCAGCUGUUGAUUUUUACACUUAGGUGAGGUUUUUUCAAUUGGUGUUAUCUUUUGGAAUAACAUUAAAUGUAUUUCAAAUUAAUUGACUUUUAAAUGUAUUUCAGAGGCAAUAAACAGCAAGAAUUAAAACCUUAUCCCUGGGCCUUAUUCUUUUUUAGAUGGCCGUGAUUUAAUAUUAAGCUUUUGAGGUAGAAAGGAGAAACCAAGAUUUUAAAAGCAUUUAUAAUAUUUCAGUGUUAAAAUGAGGCACCAUACAAAGUCAGUUUUUAGGAAUGCUUCCAAAGUUGGCAAGGAAUUUGGUAAAUGAUUGUAUAUAAAUCAUAAUAAUAUUAGUAGGUAACUUGCCCACCACUGAGUGCCUUUCCUUUGUGGAUAUCAGAAUAGAAUUCUGGAAACAUUUGGUUUCUUUAUCUUACUUGUAAAUAUGUAUUUCUAAGGUAACUAUUCAGACGAAUUAACUAGCUUCUACAUUAAAGUGAUAACUAAGAUGACCUAUAAUAAUGAUAAGAAUAUAGGAUACAGGGAAGAAUAUAUCAUCUUUGUUCUGAUUUUAACAAUAGUUUAUGCUUCUGACUUUAAACUGUUACGAUAGAUAACAAGAAGAGUUCCUUUAGUAGAUGACAUCAUCCUUUCUACAAAGUAAAGAUGCUGGAUUGUGAUUUUAUUGAGAGCAGGCACUGUGUUUUAUAUAUCUUCGAAUUCAGGCAUUUAGCUCCUUUAACAGAACAUGAUAGAUACUUGAUAAAUAUUUGUUGAAUCAUUAAAUGAAUAAUAAAGGCCAAGGGUUCCCAUUUAUAUUUAACUCAUUAAAAAUAAUACAUUUAAAAUAUGAAUUUGUGUAACACCACACCAGUCCUACCCGGGACAUUGAAGAAAAUCCAUUUUCAAGUCAAGACUGCUCAAGCUCAAUGAAAAGCUGUAUGUUUGGUGUAUUUCCCAAAACAGCAAUAUUUUUAGGUCAGAAAAUUCUAUAAAUUAGGAAGUGGUAUAACUUAUCUUUCAAGCUACAUUUUUUUAUCCAUAGGUUUUUUUUCCUGCCCAUAAGACAUUUUUAUACAGAUGUCUAAUAAGUAGAAAAUGUUAGGAUUUAGUGUAAAAUAUGAAUGUUCUCCUUAAUAAGUAGAAUUGUCCUUUGUAUUGAGCACUGAAAUUUAAUAGAAGGAGUAAUUUAAUCAAUAGGCAUAAAGGUCCAUUCUCUGUUGGGCGGAUUGUCUUUUUUAAAAAUCUCCAACGUAUGUGGGACUGCAAACUAGUUCAACCUCUGUGUAGAGCAAUAU